AUGGCCGAAAGAACUAGCUCAGACGCUCCCGGGCUCGGGACACCCGCGCCACCAUCACCAACAGCCGACUCCAGCACCGUCAACAAGUUCCAAAACGCCAUUUCCCAAUGGAGGAGUCUCGAUUUCACGACGCUCGUCUCCAACCUUGACAACACCGCCUCCGAGAUCGUGGCCUUCCAGCGGGACUCGACCGUGCAGAGGAAGGAUUUGGCGCAAAAGACGAAAGACUUUAGAAAACUCGACGAUGCAAGCAAGCUUACCGAAAUCAAGGGGUUGCUCAAGGCUUACCAAACCUUCAUCGAUCUCCUAACUACCAGCUCCAAGUCCGUUAACUCGGCCUUUCUCCACACAUACACAUCACUAUCUGACGCGCCGGACCCAUACCCAUUACUCGAGGCCUCCGUCGAUUCAAUACUCGUCUCGGAGGACACACUACCGAAGCUCACCCAGGAGAACCAACACUUGCAGGACAGUGUUUCCCGGCUGACGACCCAGCUCGAUGAUACAGAAGCCCGACUUCAGACGGAACGCGAUGCGAGGAAGAAGCUCGAGGCGAAUCUAGAGAGCAAGGUCAAGGAAGCCGAGGAAUCAUGGACCGCCGUGGUAGAGGAGAAGCAGGAUAAUUGGUCGGCAAAGGAGAAGGCGCUGGAGGACAAGAUCGAGAAUCAGGACCGCCUGCUGAACGAGAUCAAGGCUAGCUACGAGGUCAACCAACGACUAGGGAAGUCCGACGAUGCCGACGAGGGCCGAGGACACGUCACGAGCGCCGAGCUGGAGAUGGUACAUUCCGAUUUGGAACGGACGAGCACACGGCUUGCCGAGGUUGAAGCUCGCAACGAGCAGUUGCGUCUGGAGCUGGCACAGGCCAAGUCACAGGUCCCAAUCCAGGCCUCGGUCAACCUGGAAGACGAGCCCGGCUACCUGCGGGUGAGGUCGGAGAACUCGUCUCUCAUUCGGAAGCUUGAUGCGGCACGAGUGGAAAAGGAGGGCCUAAAGAGGGAUCUUAGCGUCAAACUUCGGGGCCUUGAAAGAGAGGUCGGAAUGUUGAAGGACGAGCGGGAUGGCCUCAAGGCGAAGGUGCAGAAAUGGGGCGACUACGACGAGGUCAAACAAGAGCUGGAAGUUCUGAAGAGCAUCGAGUUCUCAACGGGCGAUGACGAUGAAACGCGGGAUAUUGGUGGGGACGAAAACGGCGCUGCAACCUCGGGCAAGGGAGACACACUCGAGCAGCUGCUUCUGGCCCGGAACAAAAAGCUGAGCGACGAACUCACCAUCCUGCGGGUGUCGCAUCAGGAUCUGCAAAGCAGGUUGCAGAAUCUGCAGGAGGAGCUGUCGCGGACCAAUGCCGAGCUCGAGAAAUCACAAAACCUCAACGAAAAGCUCGAGAACGAGCUCUCCACCGUCCAAGCCGAGGCACCCAAUGCCUUCCCCUCGGGGCGCCUCCGUCGCGGGUACCUACCCCAGCGUGACCGCUUCAAGAAGCGCAACACGCAGCUCGAGCAAGAACUCUUCCGAGAACCACCGCACCCGUCUCCCAGCUCCGGCAGGAGAUCGCCGCCCUCCAGCGCGACAACCUCAACCUUAUACGAAAAAACACGCUACGUAUCCCACCUACAACCGAACCACCGCCGCCGGCAGUGGCACGGCCACGACCUCCUCCUCCUCCGCCUUCACCGCCAACCCCAACCCCACCUCCGUCUCCAUCACCUCCCCCCACACCCCCCGCCAUCACCAGCCCCGGCCCCGCCCCCCUCGGCCUCGACCGCUACCGCAAGGCCUACGAGUCCAAUCUAUCACCAUUCGCGCAGUUCCGCGGUCCGCGAGUCCGCCCCGCGCCUACAAGCGCAUGGAGCCUGCCCGAGCCGCGUCGUCUACUCCGUCACCCGCAUGGUCCUCGCCUUCCCGCACCAGCCGCAACUUGUUUGCGCUGUACUGCCUGGGCCCUGCAUCUGGCUGGUGUUUGGGAACCUGUUCUGGGUGGGUGCUGGUGACGCGGAUCGCUAUGCGCAGGGCGGGAGGGGCCGCGGCUGGCUAUGGCGGCGCAGGCGCCCGAGGUUGAUUGAUUAG